ACGCACAUUUCACCUCAAUUCAUAGCACCACCUGGUUAAGACGGCACAUACAGCUUGUACCUAUUCAUACUAAGAAAUAUGCCAUUUGCUUCCACUAGAAUUUCACUCCAAUGGCCCCCAGAGCCAGCAGAGGAGACCACCGAUACUUUAGUGCUGACCUCUCACGAUUUACACUUUGUCGAUAUCCGUAUCACCAAGCCAUUACCUGCGCCAACCUCAACAGACAACGACUCCCAUAUCGACUGGAUCAUCACGGGUAUUGAGAACCCGUUGGAAGGAACCACGAAGGUGGAGUUCAAGCAUGAGAUCAACUCCCACUUGAAGCUCAACACCGGUGAAGCCUUUGACAUUGGUGAUUUCCACGACGCUCCAAAUGGAGACCGUUCCGAAACCGGUAUUAUGGAGAACUGGAACACCGGUAAGAUGUCACCGUAUGAAGAGAUUUGGCGAAGCAUUGACCCAAACGUCAGCACCCCGGAGAAUUAUGUCCGCGAGCUCAAGAAAGAGAGCGAAGCUGCGUGCGUGGUCUACAAGCUAGCAGAGAAGGAGUCUGAGUGGCUCGGCCAGAUGGUUAGAAUCGGCUCUUUUGCACAAGGUGCCAUUCUGAACAGAUCCACCAACAAAGUGUCGUGUGUUAGAUGGUACUUGAAGGAAGGACAAUGGCAAGUUGUGUUCCAGAACGGUAAAGAGGUGUCCAAGAUUCCAAACGGCGACGACAAGCUCGGGGCCGUGGUUGAGUUGGAAAACUUGCGCUGGAAAGUGAUUGAAUCGUCUUUCUGAGCACCAUCUUCAUCAGCAAGGGUGUGCUCCCAGACUAUACACCCCAUACUCCCAAAC